CUCCCACGCUGCUUGUCCUCGCAGCGCUCCACCGAUCCCGCCACACUCAACAGUACCUAUCCUCCCGCCCCGGAGUCACCCGCCACUGCAGCCACUCCUCCCAUAUCUUUACCCUUACCACUUUGGGAUCCUUCUGCUGUUGCAUACACACGCUCACCCUUUGGAUUUAAUAGUGCCUAAACUUUCCCGGAAGAUGUUCAACUGGGCCAAGCAGCAGCUGGCCAACGUCGCCGGCACCCAGGAGCCCAUCUACGGGCCCGCCGCCGUCCAGUCCGUCAAUGAGCAGCAGACCGAGCAUGGCUUCACCGAGCUGACCAAGAACGACCUGCGAUGGGCCGCCAUGGAGUCGACCUGCGUCGAGACGCAGACCUUCUACCUCACCGCCGACAAUGGCUACGUGGGCUGGGUCCAGAUCAUCUACAACAACAUUGCCGGUCUCCGCACCACCUGCCAGUUCAACACCAAGAUAUACUACCCUGAUGGCACCACCCCGAAUCUCUGGUCCUCGGACCCCCUGUCGAACAUCGACUUCGACGACGACAAGUUCAGCUUCUUUGCCGAUGGCUGCUCCAUGGAGCUGUCCGAGGACGGGUCGUUCUACACCAUCAAGUCUGCCACCAACGAGGCCAGCUUGGUGAACCUAAAGGUCAUUCGAACAGCCCCUGGCUUCGUUGCGGGGAAGAAUGGCACCACAACCUACGGAACCGACCCCAAGGAACCGUGGGGCUCGAUGCGCCACGCCUUCUGGCCUAGGUGCCAUGUGGAGGGCAGCAUCAUCACAAAGGCGGGCGAGGUCGAUUUCACGGGCAAAGGUUUCUACUCUUUCGCUCUGCAGGGAAUGAAGCCACAUCACGCAGCUGCCCGCUGGAAUUUCGCCAACUUCCAAGGACCGACGUACUCGGCCGUCAUGAUGGAGUUCAUCACGCCGCCUUCAUACGGCGAGACAAUCGUGCGAGUAGGAGGAAUAGUCAAGGAUGGCAAAAUAAUCACAGCUGGCAACAUGGGCAUCUGCACACAUACCGCAGUCGCCCAGGACUCGGAGAACGACUGGCCGGAGCCAACCUCUGCAAAAUACCACUGGGAGGGAAAGACGCCCGAGGGCCAAGCCGUCGUGGCAGACAUCGAAGGAGCCCUAGGCAAGCGACUGGAUCGCGUGGACGUCAUGGCCGAGGUCCCUGGCUUCGUCAAGAACAUUGUGGCGGCUGCGGCCGGCACGAGGCCCUACAUCUACCAAUAUGCCCCCAAGUUGGAGCUGACGCUCAAGGUUGGCGACGAGGUCAUCCACGAGAAGGGGGCCUGCUACACGGAAGCGACUUUCAUUUCAUGAUUCCCCUAAACGAGCGAAACGAAAACCCUUCACUCUGACUGAUCCCCUGAAGUCAUUCGGGCCUGGCGCUUGUAUGCCUUCACUCUACUUAAUCCGUCCGAGUAUCCUAGCAGACCAUUAAUGAAAACAUGCUCCUCAAACUAUAUUUUCUGUGUUUCUAUAC